AUGUCUGUUCAACAAACUCCAACCAACGGUUUAACUGGAAAGAUCUCAUCUUUAGACGUGUCUACUUUAAAAGGUAGUUCAUUAACUGAUAAAUUAGCUGCUGAAGCUGAACAAAAAGACCUGGCUAAGAAUUUAAACAUCACUAAAGCUAAUUUAGUUGAAUCUACCACCAUGACUAAAAAAGGUUCCAAGAGUGUCGAAGAACUUAUAGUUGAAGAACAUGAAAGUUUCUUAGCUAAACAUAAAGUUCAUCGUCAUAAUUUAAAAUCAAUGGAAAAGGAAGAACCAAUAUUAAAGGAAAAUAAACGUAGAUUUGUUUUAUUCCCAAUCAAAUAUCAUGAAGUUUGGCAAAUGUAUAAAAAAGCUGAAGCUUCCUUUUGGACUGCUGAAGAAAUUGAUUUAUCAAAAGAUACUAAUGAUUGGAAUAAUAGAUUAAAUGAUAAUGAAAGAUAUUUCAUUUCAAGAAUCUUAGCUUUCUUUGCUGCUUCUGAUGGUAUUGUUAAUGAAAAUUUAGUUGAAAAUUUCUCUGCUGAAGUUCAAAUUCCUGAAGCUAAAUGUUUCUAUGGUUUCCAAAUUAUGAUGGAAAAUAUUCAUUCUGAAACUUAUUCUUUAUUAAUUGAUUCUUAUAUUAAAGAUCCAAAGGAAGCUGACUUUUUAUUAAAUGCCAUUGAUACUAUCCCAUGUAUUAGAAAGAAGGCUGAUUGGGCUUUAAGAUGGAUUAGUGAUGAUGAAGCUUUAUUCGGUGAAAGAUUAGUUGCCUUUGCUGCUGUUGAAGGUAUUUUCUUUAGUGGUUCAUUUGCUUCUAUUUUCUGGUUAAAGAAAAGAGGUUUAAUGCCAGGUUUAACUUUCUCCAAUGAAUUAAUUUGUAGAGAUGAAGGUUUACAUACUGAUUUUGCUUGUUUAUUAUUCUCCCAUUUAAAGAAUAGACCAGAUGCUGAAAUUGUUGAAAAAAUUAUUACUGAAGCUGUUGCCAUCGAACAAGAAUUCUUCACUGAUGCUUUACCAAUCUCAUUAUUAGGUAUGAAUUGUAAAUUAAUGUGUCAAUACGUUGAAUUCGUCGCUGAUAGAUUAUUAGUUGCCUUAGGUAAUAAGAAAGUUUACAAUGUUAAUAAUCCAUUUGAUUUUAUGGAAAAUAUUUCCUUAGCUGGUAAAACCAAUUUCUUUGAAAAGAGAGUUAGUGAUUAUCAAAAAGCUGGUGUCAUGGCUAAAGCCAAUGAUGUUAAUACUGCUAGUACUAACUUUUCAUUCGAUGAAGAUUUCUAA